AUGGACAUGUUACUCGCGACUUCUCAAUCUGGAGGUUUUGCCAUAGAGGAGCUUGGCGAGGUGAUGAUGGAAGCAAUUAAACUUGACAACGCCAGAUUUGUUUCUAAGCUUCUCUUCUAUGGUUUUCCGAUACAGCCUUGCUACGCUUUGGAGGCAACACUCCGUAAGGCGAAGGGCGCUCUCACAUGUUACAUCGAAGCAGGAUGGGAUAUCAAUGAGCCAGUUGGUGAGAUCAAACCUCCCGUACUUGGCUAUGCAGUCGACGAUGAAGAGAUGACUAUGUGGCUUCUUGAUCACGGAGCAAACCCGAAUAAGCGAUGCGAGAUAGAUUGCACCGCUUUGUCUUACGCUGUUCAACUUGCACCUGUUAGCAUCGUCAAGCUGAUGCUGAGCCGUGGAGGCGAUGUACGAAAGGGAUAG